AUGCACAGACGGAAGACGAGUAGAGAGGAGGACACGAACGACUUCAAGUUCCCGAGAUCGCAAACACCGCCUGGAGGUCCCGCAAACGGGAUGAACGGGAUGAACGGGGUGAACGGGGCGAACGGGCAUGCUAAUCUUGAACUUCCACCAUCGCCCUCUCGCACACGCGUCGUCUCGAGUCCGUCGACGAACGGGAUGCCGUCGUAUCUCGACCCACCACCUUCCACGGGCCACCAGCGCACGACCUUCGGCGCGCCCCGUCCGUUGAGUAUGGUCAAUGGAUCCUCUCUACCGCCUCGCAGACACCAACCUCCAGCCAUGCGCCAGUCCUUAUCCUUGCCGGGCAACUCUCACUCGCGCGCUCGUUCGAUCUCCGGUCCCUUCUCCCCCGCAAGCCCAUCCCCCCUCUCAUUCUCAUUCCCGGCAGAUGGACCUCCGACAGGCAAGCUGCCUGCGUCCGCCACAGCACCGGAGAUGCGUACGAAGGAGAACGGCAUCGGCCCGUCACCAUCCAUGUCCUCGCAGGCCCAUGCUCGGCGGCAUUCGCGCAUCCACUCGCGCAACCUCUCAGUCUUCUUCCCUCGUCCUGGGACAUUACCCUCGACAGCCAUCGCCGAGGAUGGCGGGCAGGAGAUCGUAUAUGGAGGACCCCCGGAAGGCGUACCAAUGCCUUCAGCCUCGCCUGGUCCUGGCAACCGGGAGUUUCGACAAGGGUUCUCAUUCGGCGGACGAGCUCCACUGUCUGCUCCUGUACACCCUAUGCCUUCAAUGGGACCCUCGUCCUCAAACGAAAACUCGCGCAGAGGCCACCACCACAAGCAUUCGCUCUCCCAUAGUUUCUUCUCUUUCCUGGAACCCGGUACCAAUCAAGACGAGCUCCACACCACUCCAGCGCCGGUACCUGUGAGCCCAUGGAUGCCGAUCUCGCCGUUCCCCCAUGAGACGUAUGCCGACGAGAAGCAUGCACCUCUGCUGAACGGUCAUGCAACCCGCGACCAGAGCGCACCGGAGAAGGUUCGAGCUUUGCCGAAGAUCGCGCCGGAGGCUGUAGGCGUAGCCGUGACCGAGUUCCUGCUCGGUGUAUGGCUAUGGAUUACAGCGCAGCAAGUGGGCUCGCUCGCGUGCACAGGGCUGGGGUACUGGAUCGUAUUCGACGCGUUCGGCGUCGCCUUAGGACACAUCGUGCCAGGAUACCUGGCGUCACCUUCGAUGCAAGCCCAGUACCGGAGACCUUUCGGCAAUGCGCGCCUGGAGACGGUGGUCGCGUUUGCUCAGUCAGUCUACCUUAUCUUUGCGUCUGUGUACGUCUGCAAGGAGACCGUCGAGCAUCUCCUGCUCUCGUCCGGAGAGGGACAUCACCAUCACAAUGGGGAUGAAGUACAAGAAUUCUUCGGCGUCGACUUCCCUUUCUGGCUGCUCCUCAUCACCCUCGCCUCGCUGCUCACGACAACAUUUGGCUUCAACAAUCAUUCGAAGCUGGUUAGCACUGCGGGGAACCAUAUCCCUCCUUUGACCACAUAUUUGCCCUCCCGCUAUCGUUACUUCGCGUCGUCACUAACAUACCCUCCUCGACUAAUGAACCUCCUAACAAACCCAUAUACACUCGCACCCAUAGUCUUUUGUAUGGUCCUACUCGUAGGCCCAAGUUUCAUCCCUCCCUGGCAGCACCGGUUCUUCGAUCUUGUCUUAGCAGGAUUCGAAACGGUCGCCACGUUCAGCAUUGCGUACUCGGCUGCGGUCGCCCUCGGCGCCGUCCUCCUGCAAACGUCCCCCGCACGAGGGCUCGCCGGGGGGCGCAUGGAGGCGUUCCUUCGAGCCAUGCGCGAGAUUGAACGCCAUCCGCAAGUCGUGCACCUCCCAGCACCUCACAUCUGGCAGCUCACGCCGAAUCUGACGCUCCCCCAAGAGCACUGGAUGUAUGCGCACCACCCCGUGUCCGCUAUCGACACGAAGGCCCAGGGCCCGGCGCAGUCGCUCGUCGUCACGCUCGAGCUGCACGUCCGGCAAGACCUCGACGACGACCAGGUGCUCGGCCUGACGAAGUGGGCGUGGGAGCGCUGCUCACAUGCGCUGCACUUCGGGUCGAGGGGUGGCGAGGGCGGCGAGGCGGAGGCGGAGGUCACCGUCGGCAUAGUCAGGGAGUGA